AUGGAAUUGAGGGUCGGCGGUCGCUUUCGACUGGGCCGCAAAAUUGGAAGCGGCUCGUUUGGUGAUAUUUACCUUGGCCAAAAUAUCCUAACACAGGAAGAAGUAGCAAUUAAGCUGGAAUGUAUGAAAACGAAGCAUCCGCAACUUCACAUUGAGGCCCGGCUGUACAAACUAAUGAGCGGCGGCAUCGGCAUUCCUCAGGCUUGUGAUUUUGCUGAAGCCAUAAUUAUUAUAAUAAUUCAUCGCACUGUAUUUGUUGAAAAAUAUUCACGGACUCUUCCUUCGAUUUAUUCUUGA